GAUACAAAGUUCUGCCCCACUGAAGGCAAGAUAAAUGAUUUUAUUGCAGUUGGCAAUGACAUAUACGUGGCCUGCUUGUUUGUGUAACAGUCGGUGAGGCAGGCACUUUGAAGAAUACACGCUGGUUCUGUCUUCGAUUGUUGGACUUACACCUCCAGUACUUAGGAACAGCGAUUUUCACGAUGCCUAUUUUAACAGCGUUGACUCUUGGUGCAGUUCUUUUCUUUAAUGGGUGGGCAGUAACUAAUUUUUUUCAUGAUGAAGGAAAAAUGAAAGUGAAAACGUGUUCAGAUACUCCUACGAUCGGCGGGAGCAAGAACCACACGCGGCGUAGCGCAGAUGGCGACCUGCCCCCGCCGCUGUUCGAGCCGCACGACCACCCCAACUGGCAGCUGUUCGAGCACGAGCAGUGCGGCGCCGUGGCGACGGACAGGACCGCCUAUGGGGAUGAGGUGGCCUUGGGGGACUUCAGAUGGGUUGCCAGGAUAGGCUACAUAAGUGACGAGGAGAACAUUCCCAAGUUCGGAUGUGGAGCAGUUCUUGUGAGCAAGUACUAUCUUGUCACGGCAGCACAUUGCGUCAUCAACCUCCCCAACAAGCUGAAAAUAGGCGUGGUGCGGCUGGGCGAGCACGACUCCAGCACGGACCCCGACUGCCAGGGAGGCUUCUGCAGCGACCCGGUGAUGGACUACCGGGUCGCCGAGGUCAUGGCGCACCCCGCGUACGGCCGCUACAAGAACGACAUAGCGCUCAUCCGCACUGACCGCGAGGUCGAGUUCACAAAAUGGAUUAAACCGAUAUGCGUAAUCGCUGGACCGCUGAUGAACAAGAGCUUUAUCGGAGACCAUCCUGACGUAGCGGGAUGGGGAGUGUACGGCCUUGACAAACCGGAGCGGAGCGUGCGCAUGCAGAAGGCACGGCUGCAGGUGGUGGAGAGCGGGCAGUGCGAGCCCACGUACCGGCGGCUCGUCCGACUCGACGACACGCAGAUGUGCGCGGGCGGCACCGUCUGCGUGGGCGACUCCGGGGGACCGCUCAUGCUGCUCGACGGCAGCCGCUACUUCCUCGUGGGCGUGCAGUCACUGAGCUCCAGUCGCUGCGGCUCCUCCGGCAAGCCCGGCGUCUACACGCGCGCCUCGGCCUUCAUGCAGUGGAUCAUGGAGCACAUGCAUCCGUGACACCUCCUCCAGCUUGCAGCAUGGCCAUGCCAUUUGUUGGGGUCCUCUCCUUCAUCGAAUGCAAACUUUCAAUAAUAAAGAAUAACACAUUCUUCACAAUCUCUAAAUUAUGUAUUCAAUAUAAUGUAUUUACAUUAUUAUAGUCACUUAUAAUUGUUUUUAUAAACCUUGCAAUUUUUAGCACUUGAAUGUUCGCAAACUAACCAUUCUUUCGAGAAGUAUUUGAUUAAAAUGCUUUCAAGAGGUGUGUUAAUGUUUAUUGAAAUGAAUUUACAUUUUUGUUUUCCACAAGUCUAAUAAAUUUUAAUUCUGAAAAUUUUUAAAA